UUUUUUUUCCCCCUCUCUCUUUAACCCCAACAACUAUCCUCGAAGAUUCGCCUGCUGCUGCGGCUCAGUCGCUUGCUCGGGACUGUUCGGGAUGUGGGGAAGCGCCGACGGAGGCCCGCCGGAGGUGACUUUGGAUACCUCCAUGGGUCCCUUCACCGUCGAGAUGUACUACAAGCACGCCCCCAAGACCUGCCGGAACUUCGUCGAGCUCUCCCGCAGGGGCUACUACGACAACGUCAAGUUCCACCGGAUUAUCAAAGAUUUUAUGGUUCAGGGUGGGGAUCCGACGGGCACCGGGAGGGGUGGUGAAUCCAUCUAUGGCCCAAAGUUUGAGGAUGAGAUAAAGCCCGAGUUGAAGCAUACAGGGGCAGGCGUUAUAUCAAUGGCAAAUGCUGGUCCUAACACGAAUGGAAGCCAGUUCUUUAUCACUCUAGCACCAUGUCAGUCAUUGGAUGGAAAACAUACAAUUUUUGGGAGAGUUUGCAGAGGGAUGGAAAUCAUCAAACGACUUGGAAGUGUGCAAACCGAUAAGAAUGAUAGGCCUAUCCAUGAUGUGAAGAUAUUGCGAACUAUAGUCAAAGAUUGAGUUGAUCUUUUUGCAUUUAUGAAGGGCAAAUGAAAAAGCUAGUGCUGGCUAGAUGGUGCUUCUGCUGAUUGUGAACAUGUACUACUCAACUGACGACAAACUAUCAGAUCUUGAAAGUUUAGCAUACAGUAUCUUUUGGAGGAAGAUUUUACUAUACAAUAUAAUUUUGAUAUUCUUGGACCGACAUUUAUGAUGGAUCAUAGUUUUGGUUCUGUUGAUUUCUAGUUCAGGAUAACAAAGUGCAAUAAUUUAAAAAUCAGUGCUAGCAUGAUACUUCUGUUCGGGUAUAAAGAAACUUCAGAAUGUGAUGACCCUGAACUGCAUGAUGAUGCUUUCUUUUCAAGCACAGAUGAUGUGCUGUAUAUAUUUAUCCUACUGUUUCAAGAAAAA